CGCGCCAUCGCCGCGCCUCUCGUCGUCUGCUCCGCGAGCCGCCGCCUCCUCCUCUCCUCCCUCUCGCCACCGCCUCUCACCGCAGCGCGGCGGAGCAUGGCUGCACGGCGCGGCGCGUAGAGGAACGAGGAGGAGGAGGAGGAGCGGGAGGUGGAGGAGGACAAGAAGAGGCGCCGGAGGAGGAAGCGGACGAGGAAGCGGACGAGGAGGACGAGGAGGAGGAGGAGUGGUGGCCCCUCGCCCUCCUCCUCACCCCGGGGGUAGAAGGGUGCGGCCUCACCACCAUCACCAGCAAGCAGCGCGACGAGCGGAGGAGGGUGACGAGACGAGGUGGAAGAGAGGGAGAGGAGCGAGAAAUGGAGGAGCAGUGAGAGGGGGCGCGAGAGCGAGGACGAGGAGCGAAGAGGCGAGGCGAGGAGAGCGGCGGCGGAGGCGAUCUCGGGGAAGCGGCGGCGGCGGCGGCCCCAGCCAACAAAGAUGGCGACGCGGCCCAGGGAGGCGGACGGGCGGGACGGGGAGGCGAGCGGCCCGGCCCCCCGGCAGACGCGGUUCUCUGGCAAUGGCAGUGUGGUGGGAGAGACGGAACGGGUAGUGGAUGAAGACAUCUUUUCCUGGUCUGGUCCCCGCACGGUCAUACUCCGCAAAGGGCUCCAAGGGUUUGGCUUUACUCUGCGCCACUUCAUUGUCUACCCACCAGAGUCCACGUCCUACCAGAAGGAGGAGGAGGCAGAAAGGGGGGGGGACCCCUGUCAGCUCACUGCAGAAGCUGGCAGGGCUCGGCAGGAGCCCAUGGACACCAUCUUUGUGAAGCAAGUGAAGGAAGGAAGCCCAGCGAGUGAGGCUGGCCUGCAAACAGGAGACAGAAUUGUCCAAGUUAAUGGUGAGAGCAUCAUUGGCAAAAGCUACUCUCAAGUCAUCUCUCUCAUUCAAAACUGUGAUCUGCUACUGCGGCUCUCUGUGAUGCCCAAGGAUGAGGAUAUUUUGCAGUUGGCUUACUCCCAAGAUGCUUAUUUAAAAGGAAAUGACUCUUACAAGGGGAAGGCCCACAACAUCCCAGAACCUCCACCCAUGUCUAGUUAUCCUUUCCCAAGCACUUCUUGCAUCUCUCAACCAGGCUCCAAUGUCGCCUCCACAUGCGGCAUGGGACCAGCAUCUUCUUCUUUCGACAUGCCAAUCCCCCCUCGUUCAGACAGUCUCACAAAGUCCAGCCCGGUUCUCUACGCGCAGGAGAAAGGUGGCAUGAAGACAUUCAUAGUACCACCAGGGAAAGUUGUAGAUCUCACAAGCAUGAGCCACGCUUGCCAGCCGCAGAGAGCAGACUCGCAGCAGGUCUUGCGCAAGGCAUCGCUUCCCGCGGUGCCCACGGCGAUGCCGGUCAGCGUUACGUCUCGGAGUGCGCUGCAGGAAGCGAGCAGCCGGAUCGGUGAAGCCCUCGUCCGGAAGUACAUGUCACAACCUCAUGACGCAAACCAGCCCUAUCCCGCGGGAGCCACGUUCGCACCGCCCGGUGGGAACUACUAUCUACCCUGCGGCGGCACUGACCCGGGCAGCAACCUGGCGCGCGCAGGUGCAAACGUGAGAGAGGGAGGCUGGGAUCAGUACCCGACGUACAAGGAUUACCGGCGGACGUUCGGGACGCGUACUCUGCAGGAGCGGCUGGACGUUCUGCGCGGCACUUCUCACGCCGCGCCACACUACCCACUGCCCGCGCCGCCCGACAGCGCGACACACUAUCGCACAAGGAGCUCGUCGCAGGACAGGGGCCAGCAGGGGGCCGGCAGCAACCGCUGCCGCAGCGCGUCUCAAGACCGACUUGGGGAGAACGUGCAGACCAAGGAGUGGGGGCGGAGCGUGUCUCAAGACGCCCUCGCGAUGGAAUCCCCCCCGGCAAGCUUUCCGAAUUGCCGGACCCACUCCAACGACAAUAUCGCCAGGUCCGGCAAGUAUGAGUUCUCGCAGCAGAAGGAUUCGGCCGCACGUAAUUUCUCAGGCGGUUUAAUGAAGGCAAUGGGGGACGCACCUUCCCAGAGCAACGUGUGCACAGCGACAGAGGCGGUCAGGUUUCCUACCGAAAGAGGCACGUACUCGAGUCAGGAAUGCCGGGAUUCAUCGGACAGGGCAUGGCCUCGAGGUUCUGAGAGGUGCCGUGGUGAGAACACGGGCAGCGCGGUCAUGGCACCGGCACGCUUCGAACCACCCGUGUUUGGCAAACGCUACGACGUAAAAUCUCGCGCCGGGAAGUUUAAGCCGGAUUAUUCCUCGACAUCGGUAAAAUUGCAGCCUCCAGACUCGAGGAAAACAGACGAUGCUCGAAACAGCGUCGACGCCUACCACUGCAGGUCAAAGUCCUUGGAAUCUCGAGAUUUGCUCAACAGCGGCCUACAGGUGGCCCCGCCGCCGCCGCAGCUUGUAAGGGCCGAACGCACCGUUUCGGAAUCGGACAGUCAGAACGCGCCAACUCGUGUGCGCCAGGGCUGCUCAAUCCUCCAGGAGACCAAGGAUAGGACUGGCUCGUACCCUGCACUUCACAGCAAUUUGACCGCUGGCAGGCAGCAGCAGAGAUCACCGGGUGUUGUAGAGCUUGCCGCUACGUCUGGCGUAGUGCUGCGGGAAAAGCCUCCUUUAGGCCGGCCUGCACCGCCGCUACGCCACCCUUCAUACAUCCUUGCGGUCGAUGCGCAGGAGGCAGGCCUACACCCUGGCUGGCUGCCGACUGACCGCAGGAAGGGCUUCCACAGGGAGGUUGAGCAAGAGGCUGUCAACAAGGUCGGCGAGACCCCUGCUAGCAGCUCAUUAGCUGCAAUUCCCUUCAUAGAUGAGCCUGGGAGCCCUGGGGAACAGGACAGUGAAGACAUUUCUGCCUCGGCUGUCGUGUCCUCACAGAGGGCCCCCCCCACUAUGGGCACCACUGGCGUUGUACGGCGCCAGUGGUCUAAUGAUCCCGAUGACGCCGUAAAGGGUAGUCGCAGGUCGUCCUAUCUGCUUGCGAUGGGAACGGAGCGCUCCAAGUCGUACGAUGAGGGUUUGGAUGAGAUACGUGAGGAGGGAAAGACUCUUCUGAAACAGCCAAAGCGAGUGCCAAGCAUCAAGAAACUCAAGAACUUCUUUUCUGAAGGGAUUGUGGAAGACCCCGAGUUCACGGAGGAUGCAGGAGCAGGAUCGUACCGGAGGCGACGCUCUACAUCAGACAUCACUCACUUGGGCCUGGGAGGCGAUGUCACCAAGCAGGGCUGGCUGCACUUCCGCUUUCAUGGGGAGAAGGCCAAGCGAUUAAGCGGCAGCACACGAUUGUGGAAGCAGGUGUACUGCCUCCUGCGAGGCCACACACUGCUGCUGCAUAAAGACAAGCGCGAGGGCAGCGGAGCCGGCGAACCUAGCGUCCCCGAGGAUGACCACCCCGUGAGCAUCAAAAACAGCCUAGUGGACAUCUCCUACAGUGACACGCGGCGCAAGAACGUGUUCCGUCUCACCACGUCUGACUGCAGCGAGUACCUGUUCCAGGCGGAAAGCCGGGAUGAAAUGCUGGGCUGGAUUCACGCGAUACAGGAGGGUAGCAACCCAGACGGCGAGGACUCUGGGGCUCUGAGCCGGGAUCUGAUAAGCAGGAAGAUAAAAGAAUACAGCAAUGUCAAUGCACUAGGUAACAAGGUGGAGCCAUCUCCUCGCAUGCUCCGACAAACACUGGGCAAGUCAACGCUGCUGGGGCCCAAGUCUGAGCAGAGGGUCCCACGAUCUCCAAAACAGGACUCGGAUCGCAAGGCUGGCUCCAAGGAGGACCUGAGCCCCCCUAAGGACAAGGCACUGUGGCGUAAAGGCAUCCAGAGCAUCAUGAAAAAUCCGUUUAGUGGAAGAUCAAACACAGAUGCAGUGGCCAUGUUCGGAGUGCGACUUGAGGACUGCCCUCCAGGCCUCCACAACAAGUUUUUGCCGCUGAUCGUGGAGGUGUGCUGUGGGCUGGUAGAGGAGCGUGGGCUGGAGUCUACGGGGAUCUAUCGUGUCCCUGGCAACAACGCUGCCGUGUGCAGCCUGCAGGAGGAGCUCAACCGUGGCGUAACGGAGAUUGACACCAACGACGAUAAAUGGCGUGACCUGAAUGUCAUUAGCAGUCUACUGAAGUCGUUCUUCAGAAAGCUUCCAGAGCCACUCUUCACUGACGAAAAAUACUAUGAAUUUAUUGAUGCUAAUCGGAUGGAGAAUGGUGUGGAAAGAUUGAAAGCACUUAAAAAACUGAUCCAUGAACUCCCAGAGCAUCACUUCCACACAUUGAAGUUCCUUUCAAUGCAUCUCAAGACCAUCGCGGAGAACUCACCCAAGAACAAGAUGGAGCCCAGGAACCUGGCCAUUGUGUUCGGACCCACGUUGGUCCGUACUUCUGAGGACAACAUGACCGACAUGGUUACUCACAUGCCAGACCAGUACAAGAUUGUGGAAACACUGAUACAACACUACGACUGGUUCUUUACGGACGACAGUGAAAAUGACGCAACUACCCCUUUGCAGGACUCUACUGCUGUGGAGGCCCAACCCAUGCCCAAUAUCAACCAUCUUCUCACCAACAUCGGCCGCACUGCCUCCAGCCCAGGCGAUGUGUCCGACACUUCUGCCACAAGCGACUCUGCCAAGUCAAAGGUUUCCCUGGGGUCUAGCCGUGACCUUUACAGCAGAGAGCUGAUCCCCUCCAUCCUGGCUGCCGCACAUCGCAAACGGCGUAAGCUGAGAGGGAAGGCCGCUCCUGGCAGUUCAGACGAGGAGCUCGAGUCUGGCUUCUCCAGAAACAACAACGCCCAGCUGCCAUCCGCCCGUGCCGUGAAGCCCACACACGAGCCCGAGGCCAGCGAGAGGCAGCUCAAGAAAGACUCCGGCUCCGCCGCUGCCACCGUCGCGACCACUGCAGUUUACAAUCCCCAUGCCAACCGAUGCUCAGAGCUUCCGCAGGCCGCCGGGUUGAGCGACGCCGCACUUGCGCUCGGACACAGGGAGCCCCUGAGCAGAGCGUCUGGCCUGACGUGCAAAUCGACUUCCAGCCCCACGUUGGGUGGCAGCUUUUCUUCCCACGCUGGCCCAAAUCAUGGCAUGUCAAGCCAGGCCUUUCUCUCCAGCCAGCCAAGGCAGCCGAAGGCCCAUAAGGACUUUGUUGUUGGGCCCUGCUUGGCCGACGAGCGGCCUGGCGGAGGCGAUGGUGGACCGCUCUCCUUUCCUCGACACCGGUACCCAAAAACAGCUGCAGCGGUGCCCAGGUUCUCCGAUUUGAAGCUGUACGAGAACACGGCGAUAACCGAUGCAAACUCGGUGACGUCCGACUAUUCCACAACUUCCUCGAGCAACUUCCCGUGCUGGGAGGCGGCUGCCGCGACGGAGGAUGCGCGCAGCUUGAGCGAGUCCCGCGACGAGGAGGCGGACGACGAGCAGAGCGAGCUGGUGAGCGAGGUCGGCGGCACGCACGACUCGGACGACGAACGCCUCGUGAGUGGGAGCGGCCGCGGAUCCCGUCUGGACGGCUCCCCUGUGAGCUCGCGCGAGAGCGUGGCCGGCACUGACAGAGGGAUCGGCGGCGGCUCGUCCCGGCAGAAAACAUUCAACUCCUACCGCCUGAUCGAGUGCGACACCCUGGCACGCAAGCACAGCGGACGCAAGCGCGCAGGUCCCGCGAAGAAGCAGGACGUUGCGCAGAAUCCCUUUAAGAUUUCGGAACAAGAUUGCGAUGCCAAGUCCGCUGCGGAGCAGUCGAGCUCCAGUUUGACGUCAGUACGGUCCGCGAGCAGCGAGACUCUGCCGGUGGCGGGCCACAGCGAGCCGGCCCUGCACUGGAGGCCGCAGAUCACUGACCGUCUGAAGAGCCGCCUGAAAAUCUCGGCCGACGACAUGUUUGGGACCAGAAAAAAACCGGCGGAAUCGAAGAAGGCCGACAUCAAGCGGCGACACACGCUCGGAGGCCACAGGGACCUGGAGGGCUGGCGGGAGGGUGGGGAGAGCCACGCGGGGGGGCGCCCAAAAUCGCCGCCGCCGCUGCUGCAGCCCAGAAAAGAGGAGAAUCUCUCUGCCGUCGACCGCCUGAAGCCAAAAUGCCGCUCGCAGGAUUUCUGCAUCUCGGGCUGGAUUGAGAGGGAGCGGCUGCGUGGCAGCAGCACCGAUCUGGACGGCGGGACGGUGGGCUUCUUGGUAGAGAGGCCCGAAGAGGCAGCCACAAGUUCGGCCCUGCCUCUCAGGCGUGCUGGCCUCCUUUCCGAAGAGGCCCCCUUUGCCCCAGGGCCUCCUGGCUCACACGGCGAUGACAAUGCUAACGUGUACAAGGCCGAACCCCGGCCCGGGGACCCCCGCCCUCAUAAACUCACGCAGCAGCAGGUGUUAACCUCGCGCUUCUACCAGUACUUGUGAAAGCAUUUACCUGCCUGGGGCACAUAUGCAUCAAUCAUUCAUUAAAAACAACUUUUUUAAUUUACAUUAUUAGUUUUUCUAUCAUUGUGGUAUUUUUAGAAACUACAGCACAAGUAUAUAGUGGACGCUGCGAUGUUUUAGCUUGGUGGUUUCCUACACUAAUUAUGCGCGGUGCAUUUCGUACGCUACAUUCGACUGAGCAAAUUGGUUGGCUAACAUUUUUCUAUGUGGCGUGAAAACACUUCAGACCUUAUUUUCUUACUCUAACGAAAAAAAACUGCGUUUUAUUUUUACAUUGUACUUUUAAAACAAACCUAACAGCAUACCGAAGUUUUAAUUUGUUUUAGCAGUUGAACACAUAGUUACAAGUGACGUGUGGACCAAUCGCCGUGAGCAUGGUGGCUCGUGUUUUUGAAGGCCUCGCCCAAGCUCGCUCGCUCACUCCUGGGCCAUCCUCUGUGUGCGCGCGUGCAUGUUCUGUGUGCGAGCGUGCAUGUUCUCUGUCCACACAGCUGGACGGACGGACACAGGUAGACUUAAUCAAGUAGACUUCUGUCUCAUCUGAAUUGGGCACAUGAAGCUGUGGUUGGGUUGUUAUACAGUCAAAACAUUACCGGUUUGCCUCCCCUAUUAACAUAAUGUCUGGCAAUAAACGUAACAGAUUUAGCUUCUAAACUGAGGAAACGAUGAGAGCUACGACAAUGGCGUUACGGUUAGAACACUGGACUUGCAAUCCAGUCGUUGCCAGUACGAUUCUAUCUCCCAGCGCAUCUAUUGAAGCAAUGGUGCAACGUUUCUCAAAUCCCCCCUGCCACCGCCACUGUCCACCUAGUGGUAUAAAGGAGUUACACCGCAGUUAGCCAUUGGGCAGGUAGUGUCUGGUGGGGUAAAGUGUGGGCAUCAUCCCACCUCUUCAAACACGGCUGGACAGCGUGGAAGAGUAGACCAAAUAACCCCUAGAGCCCCCUACAUUGGGGGCUCUUCCACCAGCGGGGGGGGGGGGGGGGUAAACCAGCAAUUCUAGAGCCCCGCCUUAAUCUUUUAACUGAGAAACGAGCAGCAAUACACCACGCAGCGGCGUAGGCCUACGUUCACGCCUGCCAAAUUCCAUAAGGAUCGGUAACUGGUUAUACGUGUCAGGAACCGGUAACUGAUUCUGAACCAGUUGGUGUUUAACAACCCUAAGCUUGAGCACAUCGCUUCAGGGCCAGGGGCGUGGAUGGCAUGGCCUGUGCGACCUUGAGUAUGGGCCAGGCUUUUGGCUGGCACCGUGCAUGUGGCCACCAGUGCUGCUCUACCCAUAGUAUAUAUUAUUAGGGAUCAAAGCAUUCUGUGCAUUCAUAUUUAUAGCUAGCUUUUAACUUCACUUAGCGUGUGGGUAAGGGAUUUUUAUAUUACAUGCCGAGCAAAUCAAAAAGUUUUCACCCGUGUGUCCACAUACACAAUUCCCAGCAAAGAGGAAGCGUGAGAUGCGCAAGGUUUUGUUGAGCGUGUGGGGCACUGGAGAAAUGGGCUACAGGUGUUUUAAGCUCCGGGCAUCAACUAAACAUUUUAACAAAUGCCCUCCUGAUGGGAUUGGUGGCCCCGCAGGUGGCAAUUUAAUUGGAGCAAGCCCAACCAAAUGAGUGCCAGCGAGUGUGGAUAUGUACAAAAUUGCCAAAGUGAUCUUGACUCACAAGGGAAAGUAGUCUGCUGCUGGCGUUGUCUCUAGUUUCACUGCUCUAUUGUCUUAUAUUUUGAUGUUAAGUCACGGGGAAAUGUAGACGCGUACCAUGCCAUGUAUAGCGCCAAUUACAAGCACCGGCUGCCGUGUAAAUAACACCACGACAUUUUGCGCAGCGGUUAAAAGGUUACUAUUUAGCAGCUGUUGCUAGAAUGGCCGGAUAUAUUUUUGUACGAGGUUACUAUGCAAAAUUCGUGAGGUCGAGGCGUGGCUGAGUGGCGCUGGGCUUGCGGGGCUAUUGGGGAGGGGGGCUGGCCCUUCUGUGCCGUAGGGGGCCCUUCUCUAUGCCCUGGGGGAGUGGGCCUCCCUCUGUGCCGUGGUUUCACGGCGAGGGGUGGCAAUCCCCAGCACCUUGCAUUAAGAUUUUAAAAGUGCCAUUUCCGAUGCUGAAGUUGAUGGAGCGAGCCCACGGCCUCGGCUGCUGGCCCUGUUUGCUUUAAUGUAUAGUUGCGUAUUUAUUUGUUGAACAGUGUUAAGUUUGGCCAUGAGAUGGCAACGCUAGAGCUGCAGAUGUAAAGUAAAUUCCGUAUUUAAACCGAACAAAAACUACUAACUUUGUACAUUGUUACACUUCGCCGUCAUAUAAUUGCAAUAGGGUUUGUAAAUGUAAGCAUGUAUAUAGUUCAUGUUUGUCAGAAGGAAAAGAGCUGUAACCUGACACUAUAAUAACAAGCUGCAUGUAAAAUUAAUAUAUGCUACGUAAUGCUGUAUCACAACGAUCGACUUUCAAACGGAGACGCUAUCUACACUGGAAAUAAAUUGACUGCCAUUCCACGUGCCCCUA